GCGAGCCAGCCAGGGCGGUGAUCGGAGUGGGCUCUCUCUCCGCGUCUCUCGGCACAGUCUGUGGGAAAAACCCGAGCGGCGGAGGGGGAGGAGGCGGUUACACGGACUCGCUCUCCCCGGUCCAGCGGCACCAGCGGCGGACGGCACGGUGCGCACGAAACCCCGGCCUCCUCCGUCAUUACGCGGAGCGAAAAAACGCACCCGAAGCGGCGGUGCGAAGCGGUAGAGGAAGCGACGAAGAGAAGCAGCAUACGGAUGUGCCUCCGAAAACGCAACGGAUACCGCCCUCCGGACCUUCUUCAUGCCGAAAUUUACACAGGUCCGGUCCCGGGCGAGCGAGGGGGCGAGGCCAUGGGGGGCGGGCGCACUGAGACCUCUGCUCUGAGCGGGACAGGAGGGGGGCGGGCCAUCACCACUACCCAUAAUUCCCAGCGACCCAACGCCUGCUGCUUCUGCUGGUGCUGCUGCUGUAGCUGCUCAUGUGUCACUUUCAGGAACGAAGAGGAACGCAGGAAACGGAGGAGGAGGAAGAGGAUAUCACAGGACACAAAGAUGGAGACCAUACCAAACUGUGAAGCUUGCACCAAACCAUCAGUGGAGGAGAUGCGCCUUUGGUCCCAGUCUUUUGAUAAACUGAUGAAGAACCCGGCCGGUCGAAACGUGUUCCGGGAGUUCCUGCGCACAGAGUACAGUGAGGAGAACAUGCUGUUUUGGUUGGCCUGUGAAGACCUCAAGCAGGAGAUGAACAAAAACACCAUCGAGGAGAAGGCCCGCUCCAUAUACGAGGACUACAUCUCCAUACUGUCCCCCAAAGAGGUGAGUCUGGAUGCCCGGGUGCGAGAGGUGAUCAACAAGAAGAUGCAGGAGCCAACGCCGCACACAUUUGAAGACGCCCAGCUGCAGAUCUACACUCUAAUGCACAGGGACUCCUACCCACGCUUCCUCUCCUCCAGCAUCUACAAGUCCCUGGUCCACGGGGGCUCGCGGACCUCCUCAGAGUCCUAGUCCCCAGUCCAAGUCCUGGUCCUGGUCGGGAUCUAGACUUUAGCUCCCUACGUUCACUCCUGCAAGACUGAUCACACAGCUUCUAGAAGGUUCUGAAACACUCCUAGAUUUUCACCCCUUCUUUUAAAUGUUUGGAAUUUUAGAAUAUGAAAUUUGCCCUUAAAGUCUAGUCACCAGUCAUGUUAUAUUAGCGUUCAGAUGUAUUUUUUUGAAAACCCCUAAAAGUGUUGAUUUUCAUUCUAUUCUUAUUUUCCAUACAAUGCAAUACCCAGUGCAGUAUUGCUCAAAAGUGUCUCAAAAAUCUAUUGUUUUGACUCUACAAACCAAUAUCUAAACUUCUAAAUUGUAUAGAUUAUUUAAGAUGACAGUACUGAAUCAAACUGCAGUAUGUCACAUGACUGUUAGUACUAGUACUAAACUUGCAGUAUUUCAGCAAAACUGCUAUAAAAUUAUGUCGUAUUAAAGGUGCACUGUGUAACGUUUCUGAUAGGUGGAUCCUCUACCUGAACGUCUCCGUGGAGAUGUAAAGCUAUGCCUGGAAUUUUCCAUGUUUGUCAUUACUGAUACUUUGCAGCUCAUCAUCAACACUCUCUGGGUGUGUGAAGCUAACUGAAAGCACUGCUCUGUUAGACGCUCUGUUACUCAAAUUAAAAUUAUUAUUCAGAGCAGUAUUUUUAACAAAAUCUGACCAGAAAUUGUUGACUUGAUUGGAACAUGUGAACCAAUGUGUGCAUUGUGUCACUAUGGUGUGUAAAACCCCUCAGUUGUCCAGGUAGAAUCCAUGGCAAAAGGAGAAAUUCAAUUUGUCAACUGGACAAAGGUUUAUUUGGUCGACUGUUUCGCAGCUCAUCCAAGCUGCUUAUUCAGUUCAGUUCUUCAAUCCAGAGGUGUGAAAGCACCAUUAUGGCCCUGAAUGAUUCUGCUAAUACGACCCCACACUCAGUGCAGUUCAAUAGGCCCAACUAACUAAAAGAAACUGUAAACGGGUGGGUGUGUUAGUUUCAGAGUAGUUUCAGUGUAGCUAUCUCCUCCCUUCAGGCAGAUAUAAGGAAGUGUCCACCAGUGUCUGACCAGAACUGAAGAAGCAGCUUAGAUGAGCAGCAAAACGUAUUUGACCAAAUCAACUUUUGUCCAGUUGACAAAUUGAAUUUCUCCUUUUGCCGUUGUGUCACCAUAGUAACUGCUGAACAUUCCACGAUAGAGAUACAUGUAUACAGUGGCAGAGAUAGCAAUUGGGAGCCCUAGGCGAACUCAAGUUUGGGGCCCUCACUAUAAUGCACAAUAUAAUGCAUCAUUUAUUAUCUGUUUUUCCUCAUUGUUCUUGAGACGUGCACAUCUCUAUUUAUUUGAAUUAUGGUGGAUUAGAAACUUCCUAGAGCUGAAAGUAGUUUUAUUUUUUGUUACUACAAUUACAUUUUUGUUACGACUCUCAUUUAAUGUCAUGUUGAGAGAAAAUCAAAUUGCUCUGAGGCCUCGGUGAUCAGUGGUACUGAGGGCAAUUGGUUGGGAGCCCCUCCAGGUUUGGGGCCCUGUGUAGCUGCCUCUUUUGCCUAAUGGUAGCACCACCUCUGCAUGUGGAACACCCCGAUCUUGAUGUCACUGCAAAGUAUCAAUACUUAGAGCUCAAAACAUGCACUCUUACUGUGACGUGAUCUGACUUGUAACUUGAGGUAGUGGUGUCUCCUACUUGUCUCCAUGGAGACAGAUAAGUUUAAUGCCAGGUGAUGGAUUAUAGUUCAGAAAAGUUGCACAGUGCAUCUUUAUGUUAUAACUAAUAGUUAGGACAGAUCUAAAUCCGUGUAUCAUUCGUUCAUUCAUUUUUCAAUAUAAAACCAAAUUUAAGAAAACAAAAAAACAACUGUUUACUUCAUUAUUUGUCUCCAAAACCAACAUGAAAAGAAUGGAUAACGAUUCAGUUUUUCAGUUUUCGAUUUUGUGCUUAAAUGAAUAAUGAAAACAAAAAAAACAGAUAACGUUUACGUGACUUUAACUGUGAUGCCGGACUGAACCAGGACUAAAACAAGACUAAACCAGGACUAAACCGUUUUCAAUCCUGGUCUCAGUCCUGGUCUGGUCCCAGUCUCAGUCCUGAUCUGGUCCUAGUUUCAGUCCUGAUCUGGUCCUAGUCUGGUCCCGGCCUCAGUCCCGGUCUCAGUCCUUGUCUCACUCCUGGUCUCAGUCCUGGUCUCAGUCCCUGUCUGGUCCAGGAUCUGGUUUAGUCUGGUUUAGUCCUGGUUCAGUCUGUAUGCAGCGCAAAAGUCCGGCUUCAUAGUUUAAGUCACGGAAACGGGAAACGGCCGUUAUCCAUUUUUUCCAUUAUUCAUUUAAACACAAAAUCGAAAACUGAAAAAACAAAUCGUUAUCUGUUUUUUUUCAUUUUCUGUUUUAUCUGUUUUGGAGACAAAUAAUGAAGAAAGUAGUUGUUUUUUUUCAUUCUCUUUUUUUUGGUUUUAUAUUGAAAAAUGAAUGAAUGAAUGACAUACGGAUUGAUCGAGUUAUUGCAUCUAUCUUGCAUAUAAAAUCCAGUAUCCAUUUUUUAUAAACCCUUGAACCGAUCAGUAUACUUUCACUGCCUCAAAACGAUCCCUUGCGGACAUCCUCAUAACUUAUUAUUAACGUUUUAUUUUGGGAGACGGUCCUUGAAUUUCACUGGGAGAAAACGGAAGAUGCAUCUGUGCCAUGGAUUCUACGCGAAUUCCAACCCACCAAUCACCUUUAAGAGAUUUGGUCAGUGGUGGACAGGCUCCGCCCACUUUCUCUCUCGCCUUAUUUUAUGAAUGGUCAUUUUUGGGACAUGUACGAACAAUUUGUCAUUCCUUUUUGUGAUUUUUUCAUAUUUCCGUAACUGGAAAACUCACAGGGUGCUCAUCCAUUUCCCUUUACUCAAAAACAGCAAAAAGUUUUUAUUUUGAGUUUUUAGAUUUUUUUUUUUUUUACUUUUUUUUUUUUUUUUUGGCUGGAGAGAACCACACAGACUAUUGGAUGGAUUCAACUUCCUUCCGACUACUGAUUUACAAAAAAGGACAUCUAUUUUUUAAAGGAAAACUAUUAUAUGUGACAAUUGAAUAAUAUUUACGUUUUAGUUUGUUUAAUUUUUGUUUCUCCCACUCUCCAAUUCCUGGAUUUUUUAUUUUUUUUUUUAUUUUGUUUUUUCGCCAGAAUCAAAAAGACUUGUGAGAAAUUGUACUGAUUUUCAUUGAACGCACCAAACACGUCGCAAUAAUCACUGGAGCUUACGAAAACAUACACUCUUACUUGUGUUACUGUACUCAAUGGCUACAAUUUGAUUUAAUUGAACAUUUUUUGAAACAAUUACACAAUAUUAUAUUUAUUUUAUUAUGUGCUGCAGUGCGUUAAGCGUUCACCCACUUAACCAGAUGGUAACAGUUGUGGUUACCCAAAUUGACAACAAAUAAGACCAUUCUUUGAUUCAAAAUGUAGAAAAUAUUACAAUUGAUUGUGGUAAUUGUCAUCUGAAAAUAGUUAAUCUUGCAAUAUACAUUUUUUUUUUCACUUUCAUCGGUACUUCUAAUAGUUUUACUGCUUUGACUACUACUGAAAAGAAUUACAAUCCACUGUGGACCCUUUAAAAAGCUGUAAACAAAAACUAAAUAUCGUAAUGGAGGCAACUGGAGGCAAAAGUGAAGUAGAACAUGAUGUGAUUUCAAAGGGAAAACCCGAAUUAAUGAUUACGGAAUAUCACAAAAUAUGAAAAGUCAAGGGGAAUUUCCUCAAAAGAAAACCUCUGGGAUCCACGUGAAUGAUCAGAUCCUGGUUUGGAAACAUUUACAAUUGUGUUUGACCUUAUUUUUAAGAAGAGAUACACACAGAGAGACACUCAUAUUUAUACACAAUUCAGAUUUUUAUUUUUUAUUUUUUUGGACAUUCCUUACAGAAAAAACUGAGUCCACUACAGUUUGUCACUUCAUCUACAGAAAUAUUACACAUUUCAUCAUAAAUUACUUUACUUUUUGUGACGCUCAAAUAUAAUUUUGAGGUUAGAAAACAGUAUUUUUCCAGCCCUGUUAACAGAGAAGCAAAGUAACUUAAUAUGUGCACCAUGGGAAUUCAAAACGUGUUUAUUUUUUGUUAUAAUGUCCGAUCCAAUCCACUUUAUUUAUACAGAAUAGCACAUUUCAGAAACAAGACUGUUUCCAAAGUUUAAUGAGAUUCAUUUGGUCUUCUGAUAUUUUAUGUUAUUAGGUUCUUUUUUCAAACCAAGAGUUUGUUUUCAUACCUGACAGUUUUGACUGCUCACUCAUGGCCUUCCUCAGAGUCACGUGAUGUUGCUGUGACAUUGCCUCUUUAAUCCAGCAGCGAUGUCUGUUUUCCUCUGUGAUGGAGCAAACAUCAUUGGGACAGAGAAAAACAAACAUCGCCGCUGGAUUAAAGAGGCAAUCAAAAUACGUAAACGAGCCCACGGGACUAUAAACUGGGACGAGGGGGCUUUUUUACUCUCACACACCUGGGAUACUGUCCUGAGGAAGUCAGACUGCAGAUGGCGCUGUCGUCCUGCCUCCACCUGUAGGAAGACAGCGCCAAAACCUAUUUAAAUCAGCUGAUCGAACACGUCACAGCAACAUCAUGUGACUCUGAGGAAGACCACAGGGAGCAGUCGAAACUGUCAGGUAUGAAAACAAACUCUUGGUCCGUAAAAAGAACCUAAUAACAUGUUUCCAAAGUGCUGCACAAUACAGAUAAAGCAGAUUCAAUAGAAAUAUAAACUAAAAGCUCUAUUUAACUCUACUAGUCCUCAUUAAGACAAUAACAUAAAUAGUAAAACAAAACCAUCAGCAUUUAGGUCUGGUAAUCUGUUAAUCAUUGUGAAUAUAUUAUGUCAGCUUCAUUUUGCCUCCAGGAUUUUGAACAUUCUGAUGACAGGAUUUUAAAGGAUCUAUUCAAAUGAACUAACUUCAAAUGAACUAACUUAAAAAGUAUUUUGAAACAGGUGGUACUGAAUAUAUGGGGGUCUAGGUGUCAUCCCCCAGGAAUUUUUUAUUAAUAAUUUCCUGUAAAUUUAACAUACCAUUUAUUAUAAUCGCUACACAAAUGGUAUAGAUGGAGGUAGUUUGUUUUUUUUUAAAUACAUAUUUUAUUAGAAUUUGUAUUACGAAAGCUUGGACAUGCAAUUACUGAUUCUGCCCCAAUGCGUGUUCAGUUUAAUGUGUAAACUAUUCUAACUAAUUCUUGUAUUUUUGGAGUUUUCGUCAGCAAAAUUCGUAUGUUUAAACCAGAGGUGUCCAAACUUUUUUCAUCAAGGGCCACGUAUCAAAACGCAGAUGACGCAGAGGGCCGAUCGAGAGCCAUAGACUGCUGCUCAAUACAGUGAAUAAUUGAAAUAUUUGCAUGUUUAACACAUUAGAAUGAGCCGUCAGACUUUAUUCAUGCUAAGAUUCUUAAAACCACACACUAAAUAUUAAUUAUUAGCUUUAUCAAGGUAAAUUUUCAAAAAACUUGCAGAAAAAUUUUUUUUUUUUGUUGAUGCAAGGUAAUUUGGGCCAAUUCACCUGGAAGCCUGAGGGCCAAGAAAAAUUUGUCCGAGGGCCGCAUUUGGCCCUCGGGCCAUAGUUUGGACAUGCCUGGUUUAAACUAUAUAUUCUCCUCAAAUUUCACACGGUCAUGAAUCAAAAUAGGGCCAGCAUGAAAGGAAAACUAGUCCCACUCAGAGUCCAAAUUUUACUAAAAAAAUCUCGCUUAGUUUUCUUCUAUUUUCACGAAGUUUAUAAUCUUAAUUUCUGGCAAGCAUCUGUAGAGGUAUUGCUAUAACUUACCUAGCGACCAUAACGUUGUCAAAAUUGUGCAAUAGUUAUAAUUAGACUAAGAAAAAUACAUGUUUAUUUUGUUAAAUAAAGGGUACAUUUUUGGUUGGAGUUUCGGUGUCGAUAGCAUCGGUAAAACUCAGCGCCACUUCCUGUAUUUCUGUACUUUUCUUCUUGUCUUUUUUACCCACAAACUGCAACUUAACGGAUGUAAAACGGUGAUAAAUAUUUACCACAGGUACUAAACCACAAAACCAAGUAAUAAUAAUAAUUAGAAAACAUGAAAAUCGGAUCAUUUGCACUUUAAGUAUAAUUUAAUAACCGCAUUUUCUUUUUUUUAAAAAUAGUGUUACACCAAAAAGUUAAUUUAUGCUUAAUUAAACGCCAUGUAGAAUACAGUAACACAAAUGUCCUACACGCACACGUCCAAUCACAGGCACUGCUGCUGACGACCUCUGCCUCUGUGACCUCUCACCUCUGACCUCACCACUGUUUGGCUGCCUGCUCGAACGCCACCUCCUGAUUGGCUGCAGGGUCCGCCGGGUUGGGACGUGGUUGGUCGAUUCAGGAAGGGGAGUGGGAGGAAAUCCCAGGUGCAAAAAAUAUAUAUAUAAAGAUACAGUAUAUAUGAUGAAAUGCGUUUAGAAAUAUAUUUGAAAAUGGAGCAGACAGGAGAGGAAAGGUGGAUUGAAUGUAUAGUCCGUAUAUACUGUACGUCCCUGGGUCUCUGCGAGGUCGUUUUCUGCCUAAAAACUGCCAACGCUGUAGUUUUGACCUCUACGAACAUGUUCUGAAAUGCACGAUAUUCUUGUAUUAGUUCAGAUUUCCGUCUUCUCUGAAAUAUUAACGCUCCUCGAUGUGUUUAGAAUGUGCACUGUGUACAAAAUGUUGAUUUAAAAACCAAAAAAAAAAAGGCAAAUCUUAACACAAUUUUGGCAUACGUGAGACAAAAAGCAACAGUUGAGUGUCUAGUUAUACUGUAGAGUCCAGGCCAAACCAGAGAAUCAUCUUGACUGAAAAUAUUAAAGGUGCAAUGUGUAACUUUUCACUGGUGGGGGAUUUAAUAAUAAUAAUAAUAUUGUUUUACACUUUUAAUGAGGUGUACGGGCUUAUAAAUGACACUGUAGGCUUUUGUCAUUCUCUUCAUACUUGCUGGUUAUAUCCUCCUGAGACCUGAAGAAAAAAAGCGUAUUGCAAUUUUGUGAUUUUCUCGCUAGUUGGAGGUAAAUGAACACCUUAGCAUUCAGAUUUUGUCCAUUUUAUUUUUAUUUAUAAUUUUAUAACUUGUCCUCUGUAAUGUACGUCAGGGACAUUUUGUUGACAUGUUGUUAAAAGGCCCAUCUCAUGCAAAAUCAACUUCUCAGAGCUUUCUACUUUCUAAGAGUGACGUGUGGGCCUUGUAUAUGUAGCUGAAGUGGUUUUUAGAUUGAUUUGGCGUUUUUUUAACAAAUUGACGUAGAAGAAGGCGCUUUGUACCCGCCCCCGUCCCCGCUCCACCCCUCCUCCACCCCACAUCGACUGACAAUUCCCACAUAAAUACCUAAACAAAAGCGACAGCAUAAGCUCAUUGUUCUACACUGCAGUGUACACAAUAUAAUAAGUUUAUCUACUAGUGUUUAUUAAAACUUUACCAAUGCUGAUGUCGACGCGGUGCUUGCGCUUCGUGCACCUCAAAGUCCUCGUCCGAUUCCAGGUCCAACACAUGCAGCUGAACGCGCUGUAUCUCCUUGAUGAAUAAAAGUUUAUUCCUACCGCUAUCAGGGCGCACGCCUGUCUCCCCCUCCCUCCCUGAGAUGGGCGGAGGAAGGGCGGCUCACUCAGAGCCUACGUCACGUUUGGAGGGUGGAGCCUGUGCUUUCUCAGGACGGGCGGGGGGAUGAGCAAUAGUCGGCCUUUCAUAGUUCCUGGUCUGUGACUGUCUCCAAGAAAUCAAUAAGAUUUCAUAACUAUUGUGUAAUGGAUGUUCCAAAGCCCAAAUUGUGCUUGUAUAUGUGCAGAAGAUACAAUGUGAAAAGAGUUAUUUUGCAUGAGAUGUUCCCUUUAAAUCUAUGUGACGUUAACCUAACAAAUCUUUUGAUAUUUUUUUGAUCAUUUCUGACAAGCUUCUACAGUCGCCUCAAAAGGUUUUUAGACUCCCUUUUAAUUUCUUAAUUUUUUUUGUCAUAUUGCAGCCACAAACUAACUCCUUUUGAGUUCAUUUUUUAUCCUGGACAUGAUAGUGCUGUAGCCUAUAAUCCCCCAGCCCUAUUUAAGCAAAGGACCCUAGUCCACCCAUUAAGAGUCUGUCUCAAACCACUUAAAAGACAGACUGGUAAACUCAGUGUCCACUAUAAAGGACUCAAAUGAACAGGCCGGGUCUCAGGAGGAUAUACUUGUACUUCUGUAGCCUCAGCAGUCACUUUUAAGAGUUUGUAUUGUGGGUGAAGCGUUUCGACCCAAAUCAUCUCGACCCAAAAUCAUCCAGCUGUGGACACAAACGGGCGUUCCUGUGUGGAUGGGGGCUCCGUUCCUCGUCACUGUCAACAUCCGGAUUAACAGAUUUCGAUAGAUAGUUAAGUUUUCUCAAAGCAAAGUUUCAAAGUAACAUCUAGUUAUAGAGUAAACGUGAGCAAACUAAGCCAAAUGCAUAACACGUGUCCAGUUACAUCUUAAGCAACUUCAUUUACGUUUAGGACCUAGCACAGGCAGACUUUAACUAGAGGUCUGCACGGGACAGAAUUUUCGGUCCCGCUCCCGCAAAGAAUUGUAAUUUUCAGACCUGCUCCUGCCUGCAUCUGCAAUAUUUUGUCCCGCUCCUGACCGCAAGUCCCGCAAGAUGGGAACGUUCGCUUUCUUAAGCUCUCUCAAACACUGAGAAGCGGAAAGGAAUUGUCUAAAAUGUGCGCGAGAUUAGACCACGUACGCAAAUUUAGGCUGACGUUAUACCCAGUAGUGCUUGUGAAACUGCACUACCAGGAAUGCCUAAUCUGUGUUCUUGUGUCACGACGUCAGCUGGACCCUUCGCUCUUGCCCAUGAACACAACACAACUUUGUCCGAAAGAGAAUCUGUCCUCUAAAGUUCAGAUUGUGGGACCACUGCUCCAACCACUGAGCCACUACCGCGCCACGAGUCUUCCUUCUGUCUCUCUGUUGUUAUACGUUGCCUGAAAUGUUCCACAGUACGGCAUUUAAUCUAUUUGCCUUUAUUUAAUUCAACUACAAACGUUUUAUUUAUUUGUAUUCACACAUUUUGACAUUUUAUUGCCAAAAAUACACUUUGAAAAACAUGCCCUUUUCCUGUAAGUGGGCUCACCUCUCCAUAGAUCUGACCUGUAACUUGACCCUGCUUGUCUCCAUGGAUAUUUAGACUUGGACAAAAUGUAUUCACCCACAAGGGAAAUGACUUGGACAAACAGGAGCUCGCGCAACACAGAGUACGUUUAGUAGUUUAAUUCAGAAGUUUAACGCCGAUUGUGGAACAUUCCGGGCAAAGCAAUGACAUCUCCAUGGAGACGAGCAAGCGGCAGACCCUCCACCAGCAAGGUUACACAAUGCAGCUUUAAAUAGUUGAAUGUAUUGUGCGCAGAAGCCUUAUCCACACACGUAAUAGACGGACUCGCUUUGUCUCCUGUCUGCUCUCGACAGAAUAUAUGUGAAUGGGAUGACCAGUACUUCACGGGAAUUAUGGGAAAUGUAGUUACCAAUGUUAGCGGUUAUCUGCAGAGGCAGACAACACAACUAAAUACAGAAGAAAAAAAUAAUAAAAGUUUUAAAAAAUAUAUAUAUAUAUAUGGAAGAUGUCUAGGUCUUGUCCAGACUGGUGACUCUGAAUGCAUUUAUCUUAGUAUUGUUAAUGUUAUUUAUUUUAUAUUUUGUUAAAACUGUGAUUUUAAUUGUACAUAUAUAAACAAACUUUGAACAUGCAA